AUAUUUAUUUCCCCCCAUAAACCGAUACUGGGUACCGGCUUUUACUCCGCACCUAAUAGUGUAAUGUAACCUUAGCGUCUUGCAAGAAAAAGCAUCGUCGCCAACCAAGUAAUUUUCCAAGGCAAUAUCAGCUUAAUUUGCAAGAAAGGCGAAAUGUCAUCAAUUGAAAAUGGUUGGUUUCGUGAGAUGAAUGACCAAUGGCCUGGUUACAGUGUUGGAUUGAAGAUUGAAAAGAUUCUAUUUGAGGGGAAGUCUCCAUAUCAAGACAUUCUCGUUUUUCAAAGUUCUACAUUUGGGAAUGUGCUGGUACUGGAUGGGUGUAUUCAGUGUACGGAGCGAGACGAGUGCUGCUACCAGGAGAUGAUAGCCCACCUGCCAAUCAACUGUCAUCCAGACCCAAAACAGGUACUGGUGGUUGGUGGUGGAGAUGGGGGCGUGGUCAGAGAGGUGCUGCGCCACCCGGGGGUGGACAAGGUCACUCUCUGUGAGAUAGAUGAGAAAGUAAUCGAGGUGUGUAAGAUGUACCUGCCCAACAUGGCUGUGAGUAUGUCAGAUCCCCGCUGCCACGUGCAUGUCGGAGAUGGCGUCCAGUUCAUGAAGGAACACAAAAACUGCUUCGACAUCAUCAUCACUGAUGCCCCAGACCCUAUUGGAGCGGCGAAGGGUCUUUAUGAGCUGGAUUACUACAGGUGUCUGAAAGCAGCGCUGAAACCUAACGGAAUCAUAUGUAGCCAGGGUGAGAACCUGUGGCUGGACCUACCCAUCGUGGAGCAGCUGUUGUAUGGGUGUCGGUCAUUGUUUCCCAGCACCGGCUAUGCCUUCGCUGGAAUGCCUACUUAUGCCAGUGGACAGAUUGGCUUUGUCAUGGCUAGCACUAACCCUGAUGUAACUUUUAAUGAGCCACUACGAGUACUAUCAGACGAGGAGAUUGCAGAAAUGGGCCUGAAGUUUUACAACUCCGACCUGCAUAGGGCUGCAUUUGUACUGCCGCAGUUUGCCAAAAAGGUGCUGUAUCCUGCUGUAAAUGGGGAUGGUGGAAAGAAAACUGCUGUGCAUGAUGCAGACACUUAACGUGACUUUAAAGAUUAGUUAGGAGUAUCUCAUAUACAUGUAGAGCGUUACCUUAGGUCCAUAUUGGGCUACAGUUGGUGAUAUCAAGGAGUGUAAUCUGAUCCAGUAGUGGGAAUGUCUUAUGUCAUUCUUCCUUUCCUGACAGAAUGUUGUUCCAGGAAGGAUCCACCUGUGUUUUGUGAUACCCUGUAUUGGUUUACAUUAAUUUUGUUUAAUUAUUAGAAAAAAAGCACGAAUUUUAUUCACUUUAAUUGUAACACAGUCUAUGCUCAUUUCUUAUAUUAAGAUGUACCGGUAGUAUGAAUCAUGAACCUGUAGAUUGUGAUUCUUAAAGGUGUUUGUUCUACUUCGUGUUUUCUACCGGUGAUUACUCCUAUUUGACUUUCAAUAAUAUCUUUGCACAGUGAGAUUUCACUUUAUAAAUCCAAUUUGAUGUAUUACAUGAAGUAUAUUGUUCAUGUAAUCAGUAGUUCAAUUAUGGAUUGUUAUGUACAGUGAUUACUGUUAAAGGCACUCUCUCACAGAUCUUUUAUUUUUACUUACUUUUAUGAUCAAACACCGAACAGCAGAUACUCAUUAAACAGAGUUGUGUAAAUUUAAGCCUAACAUAAAUCAAUUUCCAAAAUAGUUCGCCAUGUUUUGUGGCAAAUAGAGCAUUUUCAAUCACUUAUUUAAACAAUUAAUAACAAUCAACUUUUUUGAAAUGUGAAGAAGUCUCUUUAAACUAUCCAUUAUUUUUGCUUGUUUUAGCCACACACUUGAAGGGCAUUUUUCACUUCUAUGAUAUUUAUUUAGCUCACCCCUUAGCCCUAACUGCUCAUAGUUAGCUAUCAGAAGCACUUCUAUGAUUCCACUAUGGGUCAUUUUUGGCUAAAAAACACUUAUGUAAUAUCCUUGUUAACAUGUUCGAAUUUCCAAUAUCUGUCCAAUCUGUAUGAAGUUUAGUCAAAAUUUAAAUGUGUGUUUAUAAAAUCUAGGUGAAGAUUGAAUGUUUUGUUCAUGUCUGCUAAAAAAAAGCAGGUCACUUCAUCAAAUGUCAGAAAAACAUAUGUUGACUCACAAAAGGCCUUAAUUUUUUUCUUAUAAAUUUGAAUGAAAUAUGGUUAAAAUGUUUAACAUUUUAAGUUUGGAAACAAGUAUCAAAUUAAAAAUAAGCCACUAUAUAAAAAACCCAUAUCUAGGUCGAGUUCUUUUAAGGCUUGUUUUCACAUUUGUACAUAAUACUCGGGUGAGCUAUAUAGGGCAUUCAUGGCCUCCUGUUCUCAAGGUAGCGGUAUAGGGCAUUCAUGGCCUCCUGUUCUCAAGGUACUGUUGAUCAUACCUGGGAUAUAACAUGCACUGAAUAUAUACUUCAAGAGUGAAAUUAUUUUUUUAGUUUAACUGUUAUUUUGUCAAAUAUGUUGGUUGUGUCAUUAUUUUGUUUAGGCGAAACCUAAAAAAAUGUUUGUUUCUGAUCUUGCAACCUACUUUAUUUUUUAUUGUCAUCAAGACAGUUGUCGUUUAUUACCAUUCAUUGUUACUCCCUUUUGGUUAAAGUUCUGAAAGUUUCUUGUUUUUGUAAGACAUGUUAAUGUACCCAGACCAGAUGGUGAUGGUUUAUGGAGUUGAAUAUUAAGACAAACCUUCACUAACACAUAGAUCUGGAUCUAUCUACACCAUAUUUUAUGGCAGUGAACUGACUAAAAAUCUUAUUAUAUUUUGGCCUUAUUUAUAGGGUACUUUUUUGUUAUUUUAAAAGUAUUUUAUGUCAAUGAUGGAAUUAUAUCUUAAUUGUAAGUGACCAAUUAACAUAUUUGUAAAUCUAAGUUAUAAUAAAUGAUCUAAUAUAAUUACAAUAUUAUUGUUCAGUAGGAUAUUUCAUUUACAUUUGUUUCCAUCCAUUGUAAGUAAUUUGUGUUCUGUAUUAAGUACCCCUGUAUCUUACUGAGUAGUGUUAUUUUUUACUACCUCAGUGAAAUGAUAUUAUAAGUCCAUCCAUGGCCUGGCCAAGUGUCUCUUGCUUUUGAAAUCCUUCUUGGAGUUUACAUGUGCAGUUUGAACGAUGAAAUGAGGCAUUAGCAAUGAAGAAAACUGAUGUUAAAAUAUUUGUAGAAAUCACAUGUUUUUAACAAGCUUUUUACUCCCAUUUUAGACAUAUAUUUAAAGAACAUAUGUAAUGUGAAUGUUACAUCUUUUAUAAUUCUUUUUUUUAAGUUUUUUUUUAUUGCAUGUGUACUUUUAUCGUUGCUACAAUCUACAAAUUUAGUCCGUCUUUUCCGCCCCAAUGUCACAAAAAUGUGCAUGUGAAAUCUCAAACCCAAUCCAGAGACAUUUUACCACAUAAAAGCACAUUUUGAUUCAAAACCUAAAACCUAGUAUGUUUUUACCCUUUCUAAAAUAGUUUGUUCUCAUAAAUGUGUUGAUAAAAACCUUUUGUCAAUAAUUCAAAGAAAACUCAUUCUAGAGCAAACACAUAUUUGAGUUAUUGCCCGGUACUCAAUUACAUUUUUAUCUUGACUAUUCAAAGAAUUAGCGUUUAUAAAGCAAUUGAAAGUUAAUUUCGGCUGUGGUGUUGCGUGAUUGGUUGAUUGACUUUAUCACCUGAUGUUAUGCAGCAGUCAAUUUUUACCCCC